UAGCGAUGCCAGGGGAGUGUCUCGGUACAGGAUUGGUUGAUUGUGAGGAGUUGGCAGGGAGAGAGAUCUUUUGGAAGCGGCCGGGCUGCUUUCGGAUUGUGUGAAGGAGUUUGGAACCGCCCGGGCUACGUUCGAAUCGAGCAGUGCUUAGGCUGAAGGGUACAAGAUGAGCCUACGAAAGCAAACGCCCAGCGAUUUUCUGAAACAGAUCAUAGGGAGACCAGUGGUGGUCAAACUGAACUCGGGUGUGGAUUACCGAGGUGUUUUGGCUUGUCUGGAUGGGUAUAUGAAUAUAGCAUUGGAACAAACAGAAGAAUAUGUAAAUGGUCAACUUAAGAACAAAUAUGGAGAUGCAUUUAUUCGAGGCAACAAUGAAUCAAGAGGGAUCCUUACAACACAGACCUAUUGAGAAGUGUUUCUACAUUCCACACUGUAAGGCGCUUUAUCCCUGAGGCAGUAAAGAUCAUAACAUGUUCCCAGCUGGGACAUUGUAGGUCACAGCACUUUCCAAUCAUCGAGCAGGCAUGAACAAACUCACUUACGGGUGACUGUGCCAAAAUUCAGAACGUAGGAGAUCAGCUCCUCACAUUUAAUUUGUAGGUACAGGAAGCAUUAAUCCAAUACUUAAUUUGUGUAACUAUAUUUUUGUGGGCCUACAUUGGCCAAGUUUCUCUGAAUUGUUAGGGAACCAAACAAGAUGGAGAACUAAUGGUUACCAUGAUUAAUGUAAAAGAGGUUUGUGUUUCCAUAUUAUAAGAAUGAUAUAAGGAACACUGGAGAAGAUGUGAAAGGAUACCAGAUCUAAGAGAAUACAACUAUCAGGAAACACUUAAGUUAGGGCUUUUGUAGCAUAUUAAA